AUGAUUAAUUUUUAAACAUGCCUUUACUUCAAAAAUGUUUAAUCACACAAUUCUUUUGUGCUUCGAUUUCUUUCUACUUAUUUGGAUAUUCACCUGGAAGGUAUGAACUUUAGAAAUAUCAUUUAGUAAAUUUUCCUUCUCUCAAAUCUGCCUUUCAAUAUUUGUUAUGUCAUCUAAAAACAAAAUUUGAGUUCUUUGUGAAAAAAGUGUCUUAUUAUUAAAGUGUAUUUGAAUAGCUCAGAUAAUUAUUUCUAGAUUAUAACUAGAUGACCCAAAUUGAAACAUUGAAUAUUAGAUUUAUUGAGUUGUGGCAUCACUAUCAAAUAUAUGAAUGUAAUAUUUGAACUUAAUUAGACUUUCACCAUGCCAUACCAAUUCUAGCUAAAUAAUUUUGA